UUAGUAGUAGGUUUCAAAUAAAAUUAAAAGAUACACUUAUAUAUAUCCAUAAUAAAAGAUUAUGCUUGAUGGAACUUUAUGGAUAGAAUAUAAUAGUACAUGUAGUGGAAAUAUAAGUUCAACUGGUAUCACAAAAUUUGUAUAUUCUUUACCAAUAUUAAUAUUAAGCAUAAUUGCUUUAAUCUUAAAUGGAUUAUGUAUCUCGGUAUUUUCAAGACAACAUAGAAAAUCGGUUAUGCGAACAAGUUUGCUGGUUUUAUCAGCAACGGAAGUACUUUUUCAUUUUUUUGUUUGUAUAGAAUAUACAACACAACUUAUUUGUUCAUCUAAUCCACGAAUGAUUAAACCAACAGAAUUUAUUUUAUUUGCUCUUAUUAAUUGGGGCUCUGAUUGUUCAUUAUGUACACGUAAUUGGUGCAACGUGUUGAUUACGUCGGCUCGUACAGAAGUAGUCGUAUAUCCAAUACGUAAAAGACGUAUACUUUCUCAUUCAGCAAUAAAAUUCAUUUAUGGAUUUCUAUGGAUUCUAUCUGGAUUUCUUGCUAUUGUGCGUGCAUUUUAUGAUUAUGCAAUUAUUUGUAAUCCAUUGAGUGAUGAUCAAAUGAAUAGUUUGAUUGCACAACCACAUGAAACAUUCUCAUCAAGUACAAAUAAUUUAGAUUUCUCUAAUGAUUUUCAUGAAAAAACCACCAUUGUAACAUAUAUUGACGCUUUACUAGAUCAAAAUAUCAUAAUCAACUAUGAAGCAUAUUGUUUUUUUAUAUUUCAAGUUAUUGCGCCAACGUUGAUUGUUUUAAUCAUGUCAUUUAUUAUAUCUUUCUAUGUUUCACCAUGGCGUGAUACAAAAAUCAUUGAAGUCACUAAUGUACGUAGACGACAUCAAAUGAAAGCAACUAGAACGAUAUUAUUUUUAGCUAUUUCAUUUUUAUGCUUUCAAACACCUAGUUUUAUUUUAGUCAUUAUACAACAUUAUACAAAAUUGAAAAUUGAAUUUCAACUAGCUAAACUUGUUGCAGACUUGUUGCUUACAUUUGAUUCAAUCAUUAAUAUCAUGAUUUAUGCUGUUGGUUUGCCAGGUUUUCGUGGUUAUUUAAAUCGUAUGUUUAUUUGUUUAUGUCGAUGGAAUCACACGGAUCAUCAUCAUCAUAAUAAUAAUAAUAUGCAUAGUAAUCGAUGUUUAUUGAAUUCCAUUGCAUUGGCACAUUCAGAAUUUCAACCAAUCUCAUGUAUUAAUAAUAAUAAAAAUAAUAAUAAGAAUAAUAAUAAUUUGAAAAUUUCACAAUUCAAAUCAACGAAUUCAUUAAAAUGGACUAAUCAUCAUCAUCAUCAAGGUUUGAAUCGAAGUAAAAAUUCACAUUAUUAUUAUUCAUUUCAUGGCAGUAAACCGCGUCCACAUUUAAAUAAUCGUGUAGAUUGUAAUGAACCUUUAAAACAACUCCAACCAUGUGAUGAAACAAUGCUACAAAACAAAUCAACUAUAAAUGAUGAUUUAACAAGUAUUAGAGUAAAAGAGAUUUGUGAUGAUAUUUGACUAUUUGAAGAAGAAGAAAAAGAAGAAGGUGGAGAAGGAUCAAAAAAAUAAUGAAAGAUAAGAUUCUUUUUUUUUUCAUUUAGGCAAGAUACAUUUAACUUGACUUGAUGAUUUCUACAGAUUGAAAAACACUGGUAUUAACUAGUCAUUUGUUUUUUGUGUGUUUUUUUCUCUGUCUUGUAAAUAAUGAUAUCAACAUCUAUCUAGUUUAUUAUCAUUGUUAUGGUUAAUUUUAUUUUAAUUUUAAAAGAAUAUGAAAAUGCAG